AUGCCUAUGCAAUGGAACGAACAGGCCGAUGCCAGGCUAUUUGCCAACGUUCUCAAACUCCAUGUCGUAAAGAUCGACUACGCAGCACUUGCUAAAUCGAUGGGAGAAAGUAACGCCGCUUCCAAUAUCCCCACCUGCUCAUGGCCACAUGCUAAUCCCCCACAAACCAUAGACGUAACUCCGAAGGCCAUAUCCCACCGUAUUUCGAAGAUCAAGGAAAAGGCUACAGCACGCCGCCACGCUGAUUGGGAGCAACACUACAACCAAAGUAACAAAAACUCCAAUGACGGUGUUACAUCCACGGGUAAGAAACGUGGUCCGAAGCCGAAAACUUACCGUAGCCCUCGAGACGAUGAAGAUAAUAGAAGAAAGAGGGUCAAAGCUGAGCAUGUAGCUGUUGUGAAGGCUGAGCCCGGGAUUGAGGAGGAAGAGGGGGCGGCGAUAGAAAAAUCUAGAGAAGAGCAUGUGGCGUGGUCAGGUAUGGGAUGGGGGCCAGAGCAGCAAGAGCUUGCUCAGGUACCGGGGGCUGGGGAACGGUUCUAUGAGUAUCAGAAUGACGAGAAGGUUGUUAGUGAUGUGGCAAAUGAGGUUUGUGCGGGAUUGAACCAUGAAGAUGUGGAUAACGAGGGAUGUGAUGAUCAUGAGGAAAACCAACAAGUGGGUCCAGAGGCGGCGGUUGUUGAUUCUUCCGCUUGCUCCACGGUUUCGAUCACCUCGAUUGCUUCAACUCCUUGUGGUGAUGAUCAUGAUGGUAUUGUGGGUAUGCAUGUAUGA